UGCUGCCUGGUCGUUGCGAGGCCGUCUCGGGCGUGUAGCCACAUCUCACACCAUGUCACGCGCCUCGGCCGGGUUUGCGGACUUUUUCCCACUGCACCAUCGGUUCUGUCGCAGAAGCGCGUCAAGGUCAAGGAUCGGCGAGGCAAAAGUUGCGAUGGGGAGACACAGCCAUCCGAUCUCCGAACGCCCGGCGCGCCCAGCGCAUCCGCGACGGGUGGGGUAUCCAAAGACCAUGCUGCGGAUGGAGAUAUCACUCAAUCUUCAUCCGGCACGGCGGCAGGGGGUCCUGCAGCGUCGCUGACCCAGAAAGAGCACAAUGGGGCCCUGCCGCCAACUGUCGCCGACUCUCAUCCUCCACCUCAUAUCGACACUCUCACACCCCUCACCAACACAGAAUCCUCUCCACCACGCAAAGUAACAGGCUCGCCCAAGAUCGCGGGCAAGAAAUCGCCAGUUGUUGCUAUUCAUUCAAAAGCAGAACCUUCCAAGUCGUCCGUCACCCCCAUUCACACCCCGCCGACUCCCCAAUCACAAACUCGCCAAGAAAUCGUGGUCAAGGGCCGUAAGAUCGUAUAUGACCCCGACCUGGACAAGCGGCCGUCCAAGGAGAAGCGUCGCAAGCCCGAGUAUGCCGAAAUUGUUGCGAAUGGCCAGAGCGCCCCGCCCGACCCCCGCCUGGCAAUCCCCAACUACUCGCGUGGGUCGGCUUGCAAGCAAAAGACCAAGUAUCGGCCGAUGCCGUAUACCUUGAAGCAAUGGCCAUAUGAUCCGACGACAAGCAUUGGACCCGGUCCUCCAGUGCAGGUCGUCGUGACGGGCUUUGACCCGCUCACUCCCGUGGCUCCCAUCAGUGCGCUGUUCUCCAGCUUCGGUGAAAUCGCGGAGAUCAACAACCGGACGGACCCGAUCACUGGCCGGUUCCUGGGGAUUUGCUCCAUCAAAUACAAGGACAGCGCUUCGUUUCGCGGGAGUGGGCCAAUCUCCGCUUCGAGUGCAGCGAGGCGCGCGUACAUGGAGUGCAAGAAGGAGCAGCGCAUUGGCACUCGUCGGAUUCGGGUUGAAAUAGAUCGAGAUGGGAUUUUGUCGGAACGCAUGGCCUCCAAACUGAUCGAGUCGCAACGAUUGGCCUCCAAAACCGCGUCCGCCGCAGCCACCGCCGCAGAAUCCAAGUCCGCCGAGCUCCAAGCUAAGAAGAAUGAACCUCCACCAACCGCACCGAAAGGUCCCUCCGGUCGAUCCACCAUGCGACCCGGGCUGGUCAUCCCGGAAGGACCUCGAGCGGCCAUUCGGGCUCCGACCGUACAAUCUCUCGUCGAAGAGACUCCGAUCCUCAGCCAGAUCAAGCGCGAGCCUUACAUUUUCAUUGCUCAUUGCUAUGUCCCAGUUCUUAGCACCACCGUCCCCCACUUGAAGAAACGCCUGAAGAUGGUUGACUACAAAUCCAUUCGAUGCGACAAGACGGGAUAUUAUGUUAUAUUUCACAAUUCUCGCGCGGGUGAGCAGGAAACCGAGAGAUGCUUCCGGCUAUGCCACAUGCAGCCCCUCUUCACCUACAUCAUGAACAUGGAAAGCCAGCCCUACGGAAACCCCAAUUACGUGCGCAGUCCAAGUCCCGAACGCCUUCGCGCCGAACAACGAGAAAAGUCCGAGCAGGAGAGAGCCAAGAAGGAGGCUGAGCUGGAUGUGGAGGAAGAAAAGAAACAACGUGCGUUGGAUCUGGAUCCCUGUCGAGAGGUUCUGGCGGUCAUCAUUCGGGACCUUCGAGACAAGCUACUCGAAGAUGUCAAGUCCCGCAUUGCUGCGCCGACUCUGUACGACUAUCUCGACCCCAGUAGGCAUGCAGCCAGACGGGAGAAAUUGGGAAUUCCAGGUCCAGAAGGCACGGGCACCAAGCGGCCAGCUUUCCGAAUCGGCGUGGAUAGUUCCGCAGGCACUCCGGACUCUCGAUCGGAACAUCAGCGGGAUCCACUCCGAUCCUCGAAUCUCAAUGUGCUAGCUUUGCCGCGUAUUCGCAAGGCUCAUGGUCUUGACCGUGCAGGUGCAGCCUUUGUGGAUGAACGGCGCCGGCAGCCUCUCCGACCGAGAGAGGUUCGCCCGCUCUAUCAUCGGUUGCAGCAGCUCCACGAUGACGAGGACUCGGAUGAUGAUCAGCGGACUCCUCUUACGAGAUACACCGAGGAGAGAAGUAGUCGCCCGCCGAGCCGUGCAACUUCUGUCUCUUCUGUGUCUGAGCAGGAUGAGGAAGAGUAUCAAUCAGACCCACUGGAGGCCUUUGAAGAAGGCGGUGUUGCAACCGCAAAUGACAAUUUGCUUGAUGAUGAGACACUCUCGCCCAGCUCACGGAAGCGAAAGCGGUUGACCGGAGAGCUUGAUGCUCGCAAGCGGCAACGGCAUGAUGAUGAGCUCUUUAGUAUCGGGCCAUCAGAAGGGACGGUGGAGGAUGAACAUCCUGAGACUCCGGCCGGAAUUGAUGUUGAUCUUCUUGAAGGGAAAGGAGAAACAAUUGAUGAUCGCGAUGAAAUUCCCCUGCCGGAGAAACUGCCAUCUGAUCUUGUCACUGACAAGGGUCCUGUGCCUGAUGAUCUGCCGAUUGGCGAGCCUUGGGAUACCGAAGUUUCUGAAAAGCCCAAGCCCGAAAUCGAUUGGGGUGUGUCCAAGCAUGAACCACGUGCCACCGUGGAAGAUGACGAGAGCAUCAUUCUAGAUCUGGAUGGCUGGCAACAACUGAUCAAGGAUGAUGAAGAUAUCCAAUUCCUUCGGGAGGUCUUGCUCAACCAAUCUACUUCCAGUCUUGGUGACCUCAGUUCCUGGGCGUGGCGACAGAAGGAGAUCAAGGCUCUCAAUCAACUGGAAGCUAAGGGUCCCACCCGCGAAGUUAUCGGUAUCACCGGCUACUACGUGCCCAAUGCCACCGGUGCCGCCCGGACUGAAGGCCGAAAGAGAAUCAUGGAAGCCGAGAAGUCCAAGUAUCUCCCACAUCGCAUCAAAGUCCAAAAAGCUCGAGAAGAACGUGAGGCCUUGGCCAAGGCCGAUCCCCAAGCCGCGGCCGCCGAGGCAGCCAGAAUCGCAGCCGCCAAGGUCAUCUCCAAGUCUUCGUCCCGGUCAACCCGUGUCAACAAUCGCCGACUCAUUGCCGAUAUCAACGCUCAGAAGCAAGCUCUGCCUACUUCUAGUGGUGAAGGUGAUGUUCUCAGGUUCAAUCAGCUUAAGAAGCGAAAGAAGCCUGUACGAUUCGCUCGAUCUGCCAUUCACAAUUGGGGAUUGUACGCGGAAGAGAACAUCACUGCCAACGACAUGAUCAUCGAAUACGUCGGUGAGAAAGUGCGUCAGCAAGUGGCAGAUAUGCGCGAACGCCGGUAUCUCAAGAGCGGAAUCGGUAGUAGUUAUCUGUUCCGUAUUGAUGAGAAUACGGUCAUCGACGCGACUAAACGAGGUGGUAUUGCGCGGUUCAUCAAUCACAGCUGUACGCCCAAUUGUACUGCCAAGAUCAUCAAGGUCGAUGGCAGUAAGCGUAUUGUGAUUUACGCGCUCCGGGACAUUGAACGAGAUGAGGAACUUACAUACGACUACAAGUUCGAGCGCGAAUGGGAUAGCGACGAUCGCAUUCCAUGUCUCUGUGGCUCAACCGGCUGCAAGGGUUUCCUCAAUUAA